GUGGGAGCCCUCACGAAGUUUGAUUGCGUUGUGUGGGCCCCUCGUGUGUGUGAGGCUCUGUCUGUCGAGUAAUUUCCUGUGCAUGCUUCAAUUUGGAACUAGAGUCUUCCUGUUUUCCUGUUUUUCGGUUUGGGGAUUUUAAUCCUACUUUUUCACUUGUGUAUGUGUAAGCUAUGGGGGAGUCUUGACUUCCUUGGCUGAAGGGGUGAUCGUUUGUCGCUACACUCCGAAGAACGUGAAACUAUUUGGCGACAGCACGCAUUUGGGCUGCUUAGAUUUGAAGGUCAAGCGGUUGAUAGUGCUGAUUGAUUGCGGAAGUUAGAAGGUGUAGGGAGGAGGUGGUGGUGGUGGUGGUGCAAGUGAGACGGCGAGAGGGAAUUUGAAACAGAGGUGUUUGCUCAGUCUGCAUCGUUGUCAGGUUGGAAGGUAGAAACCCUAUCUUGAGAAAGACCUUGGCGUGCAAUUUUCGAGUUAGAGAGCACUGGUCGUUGUGCUGAGGAAUUUUGACAUCGGGCAGUAGCCGUAGAAGCGGUGUCGCUAGCCAGGAGUCGAGGAUUCUGCGAGGGUUGCAGGACCUGUACACAAUGAACGCGGGACCUUCAGGAUUUCACAAUGCUCCUGUGACCAAGGGAAUAGUGCUGGCAUGCGGUCUGGCUUCGGUGUUGAUUGGCACACAGGGCGGUGCGAGGGCUUUAAGUCUUUCUUAUCAGAAAUUUGUUCAAAAGCAACAACUUUGGCGCUUGCUCACGUCACCAUGGGUGUUUUCGUCAACACCGGAGGUCUUGUUUGGUCUUUACCUAGUUUACUUUUUCAGAGUAUUUGAAAGGCAAAUUGGAUCAAAUAAAUACCUGUUUUAUGUGUUUUUUUCAACAACAACCUCAACUAUUCUUGAGGUAGCAGCACUGGCUGUUAUACGAGACCCGACCGCAUUGACAGGAAUCUUCUUGACACCUGGGCCUUAUGGCUUGAUAUUUGCUUCAUUUGUCCCUUUCUUUUUCGACAUCCCAAUAUCCACCCGCUUAAAAUUUUUAGGGGCACGCUUUUCGGACAAAUCCUUUGUCUACCUUGCAGGUUUGCAGCUUCUAUUGUCAUCAUGGACGCAAUCCCUUGUUCCCGGAGUUUGUGGACUUCUGGCAGGGUUACUUUACAAGUCUAAUAUCUUGGGAAUAAGAAAAGUGAAGUUUCCGGAAGGCUUGGCGUCGGCAGCAACGAGGUUGUUCACACCACUUCUUUCUUCGAAUUCUACCCUACCAACAACAGUUAGGGGAGCAGCUCCAAAUGGUCGUCUACUCGAGCAUCGUUUUGCUCCAAGCGCACCGCCUGUGAGUGCACAAUCAGAAGUGCAUAUUACAACACUCAUGGCAAUGGGGUUUGAUCGGAGCGAUGCCUUGCAAGCUUUGGCGGCUGCUCGGAAUGACGUAGCUUUAGCUACAAACUUAUUACUUGAAUCUCAGUUGCGUUGAUCUCACUGGCUUCGAUCUUAGCGAGAAAAUUGUGGUACUCUCUGACGGAUUUUCACUCGAUUGGGAAAGAAAGUGCUCGUAGCUAGCCAGCUGCUCGAUCGUAAGCAUGCAGUAAUCAUGGAAGAUCUGUUUGCCAGUAUGCUUUCUUUCGGGGGUAUUUAUAAAUUUCAUGUUAGAUGCUUGGGUUAGCUCAUUACCACUGGUCUUGUCUGAGCUUCAGUAUCAAUCUGUGACAUUAUGAACGGUAGAUAUUUACUAGGAGAAGACCAUGAAGGAGGCACGACGGUAUUUGCUAGCAGAUUUUUGCUACAAUCCAUGCUUGUCCCUGUUUUCUGGCAGGACAAUACCUGCUCGUUCAAAAUGUGAACAGAAAGAACCAUUUUUUUUCAUAUGUAGAGUUGGAAUUGUUUUGUUAA